AUGAUUAUGAGUGGCGCGCGAUGGUGUUUUCUGAGAAGCCUCGAGCCUUCAUGCAUCGUUGUCCCCGACGAAUCAGCGACGCCUGUCACCCCGGUCGCACAGGGCUCCGGUUCUCCUUCCAUCACGGGCGAGGUGGCUGGGCAGAGAAGCGUGGCGUUUGUCAUGUUGUGGCGAAUGGUGGCGGUAGCGAAGGUGCAAGCGUUAACCGAUGGGUGGUGCCAAAGCGACAUUGGUGACCCCCAACUCUAUAAAGCCUCGCCGCUCUCCCCUCUUUCUUUCCCUCACACUCUCUUCCUCCCCACCACCCCCUUGUCCUCUCUCAUGCACUUCGUUACUUACUAUCCUCUCCGCGCCCUCCUUCAUCUGCACAGGUACAUUUCAUCCAUGCCGUUCGCCACUUUUCCCAUUGAACCUCGACGCGCUCUAGGUUAUUAG